AUCUGAACAUCAAACCAUUCUAUGGCCAAAGAAUGUCCAAGACUGUUGGAUCAGGGAUCAUAACAGACUCAACACCAUUUCGAUUCGAAAGAUUCACAGGAACAGGAUUGGCAAUCGUACGUAAACAUGGCAGCAAUAAUGAUAAUGAGGCGGUAGCUGGAUUCACACAUCUAGCAUUCACUUUCCCGCUCAAACUUAUUUCACCUCGAUCAGCUUCUAGGGAUGCGAUCACAAGAAUUGCAAAGAGAUUAACAGACAAGCAACAGGGACCAAUCAAGCCUGUCGCUGCUUUGUAUGUUGUGGGAUAUGGAGGUGGCUUGGUCAGUGGAGAUGCAGUUUUGAUAGAUAUGGAUGUAGGGGAAGGAUGUACGCUGCUCUUACUGACACAAGGCAGUACAAAGGUGUACAAGAUGCGAGGCAAGCAGCUCGCCAAUCAUGCCGCACAAGCUUUUGAUUCUUCUUUAAGCACCAGUCAGACAUUUCGAUCAAUCAUUCGUGCGAAUGCUACAAUGGUAGUCUUGCCAGAUCCGGUAACAUGUUAUACGAGUGCAAGAUAUAAGCAAAUUCAACGAUUUGAUUUACGGGAUGCACAAUCAUCUUCUCUCAUUCUGUUGGAUUGGUUCACCCCUGGCAGAGUUCAUCUGAUGGAAAGAAACGGUCAUCUUGCCAAUAGCGAACGAUGGGCAUUUGAUUCUUAUUAUAGCAGAAAUGAAGUUCGUAUAGCGGGAGAAGUUUUGGCUCGUGAUGUUUUGGAACUUCAAAAUGAGCAGGAUGAGAAUGGAUACCAAACAGGCAACAGUAUCGCACAGAAAUGCGAGCCAUACACUUGCUUUGCUAUGCUUGUGCUUUAUGGAAAAGACGUACAUGCGAUCGUUCAAUCACUUAAAGAUGAAUUCCAUUCCAUACAACAACACAAUCGCUCAAGAGCAACAAAUGCACAACAGCAAGAAGUGCUUUGGAGUUGCAGUCCUAUUACAAAAGCCGGCGAAGAUGAACAGGCCUACACUGGCGGAUUGAUCGUUCGAGUUGCCGGUCUUACAACAGAAGCUGUCCGAUACUGGCUUCGCAUUCGUUUGGAUCAGGCUAAAGAUGUGAUCGGAGAUGAUCUCUACAGACAGGCUCUAGGAUAGUUGUGACUCGCUCUGUAUACCCAAAGAUAUAGUUGCGGCAAUUGUAUUAUACUUUCAAUUUGAUGUAAAU